UUUCCCACUACCCAAUUUCUCAUCUUUCAGAUGGUUCUCUCGUCACCAUGAUCGAAUUCAUCAACUAUGAUUCAAUUGGGUCUGGAAUUUUGGUGAUUUCAAAACCUUAUUUCAGCUCAGAUAGUUAUAAUGUAUCUGAAACAAGGAUGCUCCUUACUGCUGAAAGCUCACAAACCCACAAGGCCCUUAGUUCUCAGCACAAACCCAGUUCCCACCUUAAACCCUAAACCCCAAACUGAACCCACACAACCCAUUUUGGAAGAGUCUCAAGUCUUGCAGAGGCUGAAGCAUGAGCACCAAUUGGGUUUGGCUUUGGACUAUUUCAGGUCCAUUGCCAACUCCAGAGCUUUCAAACACACCCAGUUGACAUAUAAGGCCAUGAUUGAGAAGCUUGGGAGCCAAUGUGAGAUGGAUGGUGUGCAGUACUUGAUGCACCAGAUGAAACUGGAAGGGGUGAGUUGCUCUGAGGACUUGUUUAUAUGCGUGGUCAAGUGUCAUAGGAGAGCUGGGUUGGCUGAGCAGGCAUUGAAGUUGUUUUAUAGGAUCAGAGAAUUUGGGUGUAAACCGAGUGUGAGGAUUUAUAAUCACUUGUUGGAUGCAUUGCUGUGUGAAGAUAGGUUUAGGAUGAUUAGUCCAGUGUAUGGUAAUAUGAAGAAGGAUGGGAUGGAGCCGAAUGUGUAUACUUAUAAUAUUUUGUUGAAGGCAUUGUGUAAGAAUGAUAGGGUGGAUGGCGCACGCAAGUUGCUUGUUGAAAUGUCUAGGAAGGGGUGUUGUCCCGACGCGGUGAGCUAUACGACUGUAGUGUCUGCAUUGUGUAGGAUUGGGAAGGUGGACGAAGCAAGGGAGGUUGCUUGUAGAUUUGAGCCUGAUGUGGCUGUUUAUAAUGCUUUGGUAAAUGGGUUGUGCAAAGAGUUCAGAUUUGGGGAGGCGUUGGUGUUGUUGGGGGAAAUGGUGGAUAAGGGAUUGGACCCGAAUGUGAUUACAUACUCUGCAAUUAUUAGCUCGCUUUCUGAUGUGAGGAAUGUUGAGUCUGCUCUUGCAGUUUUGGCUAAAAUGUUUGUGAGGGGAUGCAGGCCUAACAUUCACACCUUUACUUCCUUGUUAAAGGGUUAUUUUAUGGAAGGUAGAGUUAGUGAAGCUCUGGACUUGUGGAAACGCAUGGUUCGUGAGGGAUUUGAGCCGACUGUUGUUGCAUAUAGUACUGUUACACAUGGUCUCUGCUCUAUUGGAAAUAUGCGGAAAGCUGUAUCUGUGUUACAUGAGAUGGAGAGAAAGGGUUGUUCUCCAAAUGUGACCACAUAUAGCACUCUUAUCGAUGGGUUUGCAAAAGCUGGCAACCUUAUUGGUGCAUCUGAGACGUGGAACAAUAUGAUGGCCCGUGGUUGCCGUCCUAAUGUCAUAGCAUAUACAUGUAUGGUUGAUGUUCUGUGCAGGAAAUUUAUGUUUAAUCGAGCUCAAUGUCUUGUAGAAAAUAUGACAACAGAAGGCUGUCCUCCAAAUACAGUUACAUUCAACACACUUAUCAAAGGGUUGUGUGAAGGUGAAGAAGUAGAUUGGGCUGUCAUGAUGCUCAACAAGAUGAGGGAAAUUGGGUGUUUGCCUAAUAUUACAACAUAUAAUGAGUUAUUGCAUGGUCUCUUCAAGGUGAACAGAUUCGAAGAAGCAUUUAGACUUAUCAGUGAGAUGCACGAUAAGGGGCUGAAACUGAAUUUGGUAACAUACAACACCAUUUUGAAUGGUUUUUGUAGCACCGGGAUGACCAAAAAGGCUAUGCAGGUUUUUGGCAAUAUGUUAAGGCAUGGAACAAAGCCUGACGCCAUUACAUAUAACAUAUUAAUAUAUUUCUACUGCAAGCAAGGCAAGAUAGAUGCUGCUAUUCAGAUUUUCAACAGUACUGAUAGAGCAAAGGAGUGGUGCCCAGAUGUAAUAGCUUAUAGUUGUCUUCUAUGGGGGAUCUGUAACUCUGUAGGCUUAGACGAGGCCAUGGUUUAUCUUCAUAAGAUGAUAAAUGAAGGAAUCUGCCCCAACAGUGGCACAUGGAAUGUGUUGGUGCAGUGCUUAUUUAGCAGCUUAGGUCAUUUGGGGCCAAUCUACAUCCUUAGUGAAAUUAUUCGUGAUGGAUAAUAGUGAGCUCCAGUGUUCUUAUGAAGGACCAUCUGUGAAGACUACCAUUGUUGAAAUGACAGAUGCUAAUCUUGACCUAAUCAUAUGCGGCCACAACUCUGUUGCUUUCCUAUUGUAUGACAAAGCACAAGGACCAACAGCUCAGUGUAACACUGAACACCAUAGUGGUGCAAAGGCCUGUGCACGGGGCUAGCAUAGAAGGGGAUCAUACAUUGGAGUCCUGUUAACUGUGAAUAUCUGGAGCACGUAGCAGCUCAUAUGCUGAAUGGCGGCUUGUGCAAGCCUCACAUGUUGGGACUGUUGGCCUUAUGGUGGCAGAUGCGCUCUAUAGAGACUAUGGUGAUGCAAAUAACCAUAAGGCAGCAAAAGUACUGGUUUAGGGCAAAAGUUAAGGAAAUCAUGUUGUUGCACUAAUUUCUACAGGUCAGUAGAACUGUUCAAUGCACCUUUUCUUGCGGUCCACAUGUUCUCUCUCCUUUGGGAUCCGAAAAAUUUGCACAUUGUGUAUGUAAUAUCAUGUUUGUAACAGAAAACUUGGGUGCUCAGUUCAGUUUGUUAUGCACAAGUCUCUUAUUUUUAGAUUGAUUAGCUGUGCUGGUCUUAAUCUGAGUUUAAUGUAUGCCAAUUCAGACUUAACAUAAUACAGUUU